AUGGGUUCUAUCUCGUGUGUCCUCCCUAUCCUCUUCCUAGUGGUUUCUCUCUCUAUCAGUUCUACGGACGGAUGGGGCAAGUUGGGCCACUUCAUGGUCUGCAAGAUCACAGAGGUGCCCACUUUCAUUCCCCCUCCUCUCCAUCUCUUCGGAUCCCUUUUCUCCUCGUCUCAUCGCUAAAACGCGAGAUUUUCUCCGCUGGGAUUUCUACAGAAGUACCUGUCGGAGAACGCGACGAGGGCGGUGGUGGAUCUCCUCCCGCCGGUCGCCGGCGGCGAGCUGGCGGCGGUGUGCUCGUGGGCCGACGAGGUGCGGUUCCGCUACCGCUGGUCCAGUCCACUCCACUACGCUAACACACCGGGGGUGUGCGACUUCACGGUCAAAAGUAAUGCUCCCCUCCCUUACCGCCCCGGAGAUCAAACCAUCCGUUCGAUCGAUUAACUUGCUCCCCAAGCGUUCCUCAAAGUCCGAUAUGCGAGGCGAAUUCCUAAUUGGAUUUCAGAGGCUUCUUCCUAACCGGGUUGAGAACGGCAGUCGCUGGUAUAGCCAUUGCUACUGACCUUACCAGUACUGCGAUUUGGAUUCAGUCAACAAUAGAUCUAGGAUGCUGACAGGGCCUUUGAGGAUCGGACGGUAGUAAUUUUUCAACGUGAGUGAUGGGUCUGGUCAACGGGGACGGGGAUAAGCAUACCGGUGCCAUGAGGGAACAGGGCCCCGGCCUUAUCUGAGCGGGCCUAAGAUGAAUCAGGGCUGCGAGAGUAGCCUCGUCAACGGGUUCAAGGAUGUCGUUGAUGAAUUGAGUCCUUACCCAGCUAUAACUUCGCGGUGAAGUUCGUGGGCGUCCACACGAAGGAGCUGUAAAUUAAGAGUGUUAGAGGUUCCAUAUAGAAUCUUUGUUGACCAGAAGAAUAUCCAUUUAGGUUUUCACAAUUAAUCGAUAGAUUUUGUGGUUGACCCCAUUUGUUGUGGAAGACUAGGGACGGAACUAUUGGGCUGCCUUUGGCCACAUCGUUCAGCACUCAGGGCGUGAAAGGAUGUUCUUCACUGGAUGGGUUUAUUUGCGUUUUUCCCAUUUAAUGUUAUUUAUUGCAAGAUGCUUAAAUUACAACGACUACCGUUCUAAUUUCCAAGAUUUUAAUCCUCCACACAUAACACAUAGUAAUCGUUUUCGUUAUAUAGUUGCUUACUGUCGUUAAAUACCAGAUUUUUGUUUCAUAUUUGUGACAUUUUUUGGAAUAUAUAAAAACUUUUUAUACUGAUGAAAACCUCCCCGCCCCCCGCCCAAAAAAAAGAAAAAAAAGAAAAAAAAGAAAAAAAAGAGGAGAAAAACAACCCAAAACACUUCCAGUCCUAUUUGUGCAGCUCAGAACCCAAACCUUAUCCACGCCCAUUCCCCUUCUGUCGGCCAUCUCCCGCACCUAUCCGGUAACCCGCGUCGCCACGCUUUCCACUUCCUCAGGCCGUCUACAGUCUCUUUCGUGCAGGGGGUGGAUGUAAAGUUCAAAGAUUAUUAGGAGUGGAGAGUCGUUGAGAAUUCCCGUGUAGGUUGAAACCACAUCGAGCUUUCAUUUCCCCUGCUGCCCAUCAAUUACGACUCCCUCAACUACAUUUGGGCCGUCGAAGAUCCCUGGUAGAGUACUGCAUGGCCCUGUAAAAUGCUUUGUUAUGUUUCUUGAAGGGGACUGCCACAAUGCGAAGAGGACGCAGAAUAUGUGUGUGGUGGGAGCCAUCAACAACUACACGGCACAGCUCCGCACCUACGGAAAGUCUUCCAGUGGAUGUAAGACAAGUCUCAGACUGAUCAUCCAUAGAGAAGCAAAUAUGAGUCGGUAUACACGCUGAUUAGUUCCAUCACAUGCUGGUUUGCAUAACCAGAUAACCUGACAGAGAGCCUGAUGUUCCUCGCUCACUUCAUGGGGGACAUCCACCAGCCUCUGCAUGUCGGGUUCCUCGACGACGAAGGUGGGAACACCAUUCUCGUCCGGUGGUACAGGAGGAAGACCAACCUUCACCAUGUGAGCACUGUCCUCUGUUGGAAGUCUAUUUCGUCUCUAUCCGAGGGGGAGAGAGAGAGACUAACACCAUGUGUUUUGUCGCUGUUUCAGGUGUGGGACGUGAGCAUGAUUGAGACGGCUAUGAAGGACUUCUACAACAAAGACGAGAACAUCAUGAUAGAAAGUAUCGAGAGGAACAUCACCGUAAGUAAGAAAGAAUUAGUCGAUGUGCCAGUGAACUCGUCGAUCAAGGCCGCAACGUUAGAGUAGUAGAGUUAAAUGAGUUGCAUCUAUGAUACUGUUUCUUCCAUUAAAGUUUCUUCCAUCCUUCUGAGUUGCAUGCGAAAAUUUCUCAUCCAUGUGAACAUAUUUCAUAAGUCGACCAACAUUAGAAAUACAGUAACUAAAAUAGUUUCAAGUAAAAAGGCUCUAACUAACUGUACAGACUACAACAACUUAGUGUAUUAAUCUGAAAUAGACUGCUAGAUUUAUUUACGACCAACUUAUCUGUCACAUUUCUAUAUAUUUAGUUAAUACUCGAAGGUCAUCAUCAGACAUCUUUACCUCAUCGUAAAAUUAAUUGCUCUUAUUACAUUUAAUAAUUUGAUUUCCUAUGGUUUUCUUAUCGUCAUAGAUGAGUAUUAUCCAUUUUGAGCAAGUCUUACAUCAGAUCCUAUUCUUCCUUUUCAGGGUAACUGGGCGGAUGAUAUUGUUGAUUGGGAGACGUGUAAUAGAAAGACUGUGACUUGUGCACCCCAGUACGUGAUAGAAACCUCAAAAAUUCCUGACAUUUACACUACAAUAUAAUGAAGCAGAUACAAACCAACUGUUGCAUAUUUUUCAAUUAAAUAAGAAAUUGUUCUUAAACUGACAGGUACGCGUCUGAGAGCAUUGACCUAUCUUGUAAGUAUGCAUACAAGGAUGUAGAGCAAAACACAACAUUGACAGGUACAUGCUCCAGAAAAAAAUACCGAUUUUUUAGUAUUGAUAUUUCUAUUUAUGUCACUAAGCGAAAAUGCCUGAUCUUAUGCAGAUGACUAUUUCUUCUCCCGAUACCCAAUUAUGGAGAAGAGGAUUGCACAGGCUGGGUUGAGAUUGGCCACAUUGCUCAACAGCAUAUUCGAUCCAAGUUUUAACUCAAUAAAUCCUGGGUUGCAGAUUGCAUGA